AUGGCGGGGGCUCGCCAGCUGCAGGAUCGAAGCUGCCCGGUCUUCGCGGUGCAGGGAGUUCCCGACUUUGCCGGGGAUUGCCAGUGCCAAGCAAGCCAGCCUUACUGCUUCCAGGACGGCCGGAAGCUGUGCGUUCGUUCAGAUGGCCGCUUUGACCUCCAUUACUUUGCUGUCUCCUGCCAGACGUGCUUGUGUCAAGAGACGUUGGAGAACGAUGGAAGCUCCGAGCCCGGCUCUCAGAGCACUUGUGCCAGCGCCGCGGGAGCAGAAGACCUGGUGGCGGUCCCGGAUUCUGCAGGCUUGUGCUACUGCCCUGGGGGGCGGCCGCUCUGCAUCUCAACUCCUGGGGAGACCUUGGGAUGCUUGGCUGCUGGAACUUGGGGCAGCGACACCACAGCGCCAGCAUCAUCGACGGAGUCAAAUCUUGCUGCAUUUCCAGCAGGCUGCCCGGCUGACAGCUGCGUGUGCCGCGCGAUGUGCCCUUCCUUCUCCGAGCAGAGCUUUGCAGAUAGGCUGGGGGACUGUGCCUGUCCAUCAUCAGCUCCCUUGUGCCACGAGGACAAUAUGCAGGGCUGCAGAUCGGCGACUGGCUCCAUCUCCCGGGCAUACUUUGCCAGCAGCUGCUCCGGGUGCGAAUGCGUGGAGCACGUUGAGGGACAGUGUGAUAUCAGGUCGUGCUUGGACACCACCGACUGCAUAUUCUCCAUAUGCAGGGACUGUGACAUUUGCCAGGGCAUCACUAGGUGCCCAACCCCAGCGGGGGAAAGCACAAUCACCCUGCCGGACUGGAGCGGCAACUGCAAGUGCAACGGCGGAGAGGUUUGUUAUGAGGCAGGGAGCAUCACUCCCGGCUGCCCUAUUGCACCUUCUGGGCGCUCUCAGUUCUCCUUCCAGGUGACCUGCAUGGAUUGUGUUUGCGGAGAGGCACCUGAAGCCAGCGGUGGCGGUGUCAAGUGCCCAAAGUUUGCACGGGACAACCUGCCUGGCUUCUCUGGCGACUGCGUUUGUCCCGACGACAUGCCAGAUUGUUACAAGAAUGGACUGCGAUGGUGCUUCAGGACCGAUGGCCAGCGCGACUUGCACUAUUUUGACCCUGGCUGCCUGGACUGUGAGUGCAGGGCCGCCCUGCAAUUGAACAGCACUGACGAGGUGAAGCCUUGCCCAGGCUUCGCUAAGUUUCCCGUCUCCAAUCCGUUCCAAAAUUGCAUCUGCCCGGACGAGCAGCCAGUUUGCAUCCAGGCAGAUGGCGCUGCAGCUCCGGGAAGGGCCGGGCCUUACUGCCGCGCUGCGCAGGGCUGGGACUCCUCGACGGAAUUCCGCCACGACUGCGCAAGCUGCUCAUGUGUGGUGAUGGACGGCGAAGGCUCACGCCUGCGCGACUUUGCUCCCGAGGAGCUUGUGUCAGGGGACGACUACGUGCGUAUCGACGUUGCCUUUGACAUCCGCCUCGUCAACACCCAGAAUUCUUUGCAGGACUGGUCUUUGGUAUCUGCCGGAGUGCUCCUGUCCGAACCCAGCAGGCAAGCUGUGGCAUCCUCUGCCGCCUACGCUGUUGGUUUCCAUGUCCCAGUGCUGGGUCUAUGCGAAGACCUCACCAACGUGGCUGGCAGGACAGUGGAUGGUGGUGACUACGAGGAUGUGCGCAUUCAUCGACUCUUUGCAAAGCUCGGAGUCAUGUUUGCGGAGCAGCGGAAUUCAAGCACAGGGCGCAGGCUGGCAGCGUCGCACCACCAUGUCCGUUCCUUGCAGAGCCUCAGUGUCAAGCCCCUGUCCCAGCUCACUCUGAAUGAGAGAGAGCAGCUGCUGAGUCUUUCAACGGUUUUCCGUCCAGGGCUAUUUGGUCAGAUGUUGGAACUGGAGAUGCAGAUGAUCCUGAAUGAGACGUCGAACUGGCACCCUUCACCAGGUCUUAUCCAGGCACCACGUGUCUCCGUGAGCCGUGCGGUCGUGACGUCAGACCUGCAGGGACUGCCGGUGCUUGAAGUGACCGGCCCCUUGGAACCAACCCCACCACAGACGGAGAACCUGCAGGCGAGCCCAGGCUUCGAGCCAGAAGUCCCAGAGCAGCAAGGGGAUGGUGGAGAGAACCUGAUGUCACUGGUCAUCGUUGGCAUCGUAGUUGGGUCACUCCUCAUCGGCCUCCCGCUACUUUGUUGCUUUGCCCGGCGCUUGCGACGAUGCAUUCGCAGGCGCCGCGGACAGAAAGAGGGCUCAGGAUCUCCACGUUCUCCUGGUGGCUCCCCCCGCGGCUCGCCCCGCUCCCCCCGCGGCUCGCCCCGCUCGCCCCGUGGCUCACCACGCUCGCCGGGACAGCUGGCAUCUCCGCGGUCAGCUCGAAACGCGCCCCCAACCACCGCCGCCCAGCAAGCCACAACUCCCAAGUCGCCAGGCGGUCAGCAGGCAGGGACCAGCCCCGCGGCAAAAGCGAGCAGCGUGAAAAUCACGCUCGCGGAGCCAAAGUCGGUAUUUGACAAAGCGAAGCGCAAGGAGUCUCAGGAGGAGGACCUGGCUUGGCGUCAAAAGAUGAAGCAAAAGACAUCAAGUGCAGCUGCGAGUGCUGCCAUUACUGCUGACGAAGAAAGUGGAAAGGGCACACGUGAGAAGAAAAGCAUCAUGGGUAGGAUGCGUGGCAGGGGAAAGGACAAAGACAAGGCCAAGGACAAGGAGAAGGACAAGCAAAGCUCAAAUCAGUCCCCCCGCGGAGGAUCCCCGCGCUCCCCGCGAUGA